CCAGCACAGAUCAGCCCUGAACAUUGAAGGCUUUUCAUCUCGUCUGUCUCUGUCGGGGAAACAUGAGGACUCUGGUGACCAUCCUACUUCUGACUCUCAUCUGCUUCCUGAGUUACAGCUCUGCAGUUGGAGUUGCAGCAAGUAUCUUGAUGAAGAAAAUAUGCUGUCCAAACUCCACUCAGAUGUAUAUUCCUAAGGGAAAGAUAACAGACGUGGCGAUGACCCCGAGUGACUGUGAACAACAAGCAAUUGUAGUCAAGACUGUGUGCAAUAAGAAGUUUUGCAUUGACCCCAACUCAAACUGGGCGAAGAAUCUGUUGAAAGAAUUUAAGAAGUCAACUGCCAACAACUCGCCACCAUCUGCCCCCUUCAAUGUCACACGGUGUACAUAGAAGGUUUAAAAAAGUGUGAGCGUGUUGUUCCUUUGAGUGUCACAAUUACAUGUAUAUUAUGUUCUUUAUAAACAUGUCUGCCAGCCAACAGUAGAUUAAUUAAUGAUGACUAUAAACAGAAGUAUCUUUAACUGACACUGUGGUCUUGGAAAGUUUAAAGUAAAAAUGUGAAAACUCAUCUUAAAAGGCCUGAACUAAUGUAUUACUGCGUUUGCCUGAGUUUAUAUGAAUUCAUUUUCUAUACUCAAAUAUGUACAGCGUCAUCCAAACUUAAUGUUUCAGUCAUUACAGGAGAACAUUUGAAAUGAAUGUUUGUUUUUGCUACACAAAGUGCUGACCCUUUCUAAAUAAAAGCUUUAGUUUUG